AUGAGCGCACUGAUCGGAUGCGACGGAGUUCAGCCACAGCUCGUUCUCUCUUUCUCCCCUUCCCUGUGUACACACGGAUCGAUCUUUCUCACCUCGAAACAAAAUCUGCUGGUGACGGUUUACGACCCUGAACGGCCGCAGAACCAAGGUCGCAUCGAUCGAUCGCCACCCUGCUCCGAAUUCCGGUCUGUCGACGUUCGCGGGCGGCCCAACCGACCCGAUCUUUCCCUUCCACAGCUCCCUACGCCAACAUGCGUAACGUCAUUAUCCUCGGAGGCUCAUACAGCGGGGCUCGAGCAGCCGGGCUCUUGUCGCAGACGUUGCCCAUCACCCACCGCGUCAUUCUAAUUGACCGACAAUCGUGAGUCCGUUGCGCCGGCCGCGGCCGAAACGACGCUCCCAGACCAGUUGCUGACGCAAUGGUUCUGACCCUUGUUCGCGGCUAUUACCUAUGUAGACACUUCAAUCGUGAGUACACCCACCGCUGCUGGAGUCUGAGGGCAGGGCUUAUCUCGCCAGUGCCUGCCCCGGUAGCGUCCGGAGUGGAACGGGUCGUGCUCUCUCGAGUCGCCGAUGAUCAUGUUCAACCGCGGAUGCGACUGACUCGCACUGCGAUUGCUGCCCUCGUCCGAGCAGAUCUGUAUCUCUUCCCGCGGGUCGGCGUAGUACCGAACCAUGCAAACAAAGUAUUUAUCCCCUACACAGGUAUGCGUCCACUCGCUGAUAAUUCCGCGUGCGCUCGGUAUGAGACUGACGGGCCCGGUUGUGAGCCUCCCCACAGGUGUUAUGGCAUCACCGGGCCGAUUGUCUUCUUCGGCACCGUCAUCCAAGUCGUCGUCGUCGUCAACAGAAGGAACCGAGUCGUCGCGGAGUGGUGACUCAUCGGGCGAGGGCGGCCCCACAAGAGUUCAACCUGUGUUCGUCAGAGCCUCCGUCACCGACGUCGGCCCUGGAUUCGUCGAAAUCGAUCGGGACUUGGAUGAGGAGACCUUGGGAGCAUCGGGCAGCGACGACGUCGAUAUCAUAUCCUCGGGUCGCGAGGAACGGCGGCGGAGGCGGUUGAACUGGGAUUAUUUGAUCUAUGUGAGCUCACAUGACCGCAUCAGACUCGCUCUUUUCCGAAAUGCCAGCUCACCACUUGCAAUAUUCGCGCCCGUCUCAGGCCUUGGGAAGCACCCUUCCUGCUCCGCUACUGUCUCCCGCCCGGACCAAAGUCGAAGGUGUUCGCUUCCUGCAGGCGCAACAAGACCGAAUAGCCCUGUCCAAAUCGGUCCUGAUUGUCGGUGGUGGAGCCUUGGGCAUCCAGUACGCGACCGACAUUGCCGAUCUUUACAACAAUCCCGCCAAUGCAGCUUUGAGGCCGGAAAACUCGGUCGAAGGCAAGAAGAAAAUCACCCUCGUACACUCUCGAAGCCGGUUCUUGCCGCUUUACAAGCAAGAGGUUCACGAUGAGGUCACCAGGAGACUCGAUGAACUGGGCGUAGAUGUGAUCAUGGGAGAAAGGCUGGCUUUGCCGGAAUGGGUGGACGACGUCAGCAAGCAGCCUCUGACGUCCAGGCGGAUAGAAACCAAGACGGGGGUGCUCGAGUAUGAUCUUCUUGUACGUCAUUGGACUUACUUUCGCUUGAAUUCGAGUGAGGAUGCUUGCUCAUCUGCUUCGUGGACUCUCGUUGCAGCUGAGGUGUACGGGCCAAAAGCCAAAUUCGCAGUUGCUGAAGAAAUCGUUCCCCGAUGCGAUCAACUCCCAAGGCUAUGUCGAGGUCAGGCCCACUUUGCAACUCGACAGCUGCAAUACAAAGUAUGCCGAUCGCAUGUACGUCAUUGGCGACGUAGCCAACACCCACGGUAAGUGCUCGCGCCGUCGGCUUCUUUUGAUCUGAUGUGCGCAUGAAUUGAUCACGAUUCGGGCUCAACAGCUAUCCGAGCGGGUCAUAUUGGCUGGAACCAAGCGGGUAUUGUCGUACAAAAUAUCAUGAGCUCCAUCUUGUGCGGCCACAGAGAGCCCAGUCUGAUCUCAUACGAGCCAAGUCCACCGCAAAUCAAAGUUACUUUGGGACUGGUCAGUUGUUAUCUCCUUUCCAGACGGUUAUCGGGUAUCGACUUCCUGACGCGGCAUUGUUACACCCCUAGCGGAACUCUGUUUCGGAACUUCUUCCUUCAAUAGACGCUUCAGAGACACAGGUCAAGAUGCACUCCGAUGGGGCUGUUGACGCAGGAUGGGUUCAUACGUGGGCAAGAAUGGGGGUGGAUGCGCAGGAUCCAACAAUUUGA